AUGAACAACAAUGAAAAGCCAGCGAAUGGAGAUAUGCAUGAAAAGCUAAAACGCACGGAUAAUGCAGAUGGUUCAUCCAAAGACAACAAAGAAGGGGGUGUGCCCGUCUACAAGCUUUUCCGAUUCGCCACCAAACUCGAACUCUUUUUGCUUUUUGUGGCCUCGCUCCUUAUGAUCGGUGUUGGUGCUCUUAUGCCUGCCUCUAUGAUCAUCUUUGGUGAUAUGCUGGGAUCACUAGGACAAGCAGCCGGAUCAGCAACUGAAAUUACCAGCACAGACGACUUGUUAGCUGUCAGUCGACCCUUGAUUUUGGUCUUUGUAUACAUGGCCACAGCCAAUCUCGUAACAAGUUACCUGGCCCAUGCCAUUUUUGUGUAUACAGGCGAGAAACAAACAUCAAGAAUCAAGCGGCUCUUUGUGCACAACAUUAUGCGUCAAGACAUGGGUUGGUUUGAUAUGGCAGAGGAGGGAUCCCUAACAACGCGCUUGGCAACCGAUGUCCAAAUGGUACAAGAAGGCAUAUCAGAGAAAUUCGGUAACAUCCUCCAAAUGAUCAGCCAAGUCAUCACCGGUAUCAUUGUUGCAUUCAUAAAGGGCCCAAUUUUGGCUGGUGUGGUGCUUGCAACGAUCCCUCUUAUUGGUGGAGCCGGUGGUCUUAUGGGAUAUUACUAUGGCAAAUUCACUCAAACGACGCAAGACGUUUAUGCUGGUGCAGGAUCCAUUGCCGAGGAAAUGAUCAGUGGUAUUCGUACCGUAUUUGCAUUCUCGCUCCAUGAUCGGUUCCAGGCACGAUAUGAAGAACGAUUAAAAGAGGCUCGCAAGACCGGAUGUCGUCGAGGGCUCAUGUUGGCAGUGCUUUUUGGUGCAUUCAUGUUUGUGCUCUUUGCUUCUUAUGGUCUAAGUUUCUGGUAUGGAGCCAAGCUUGUUCGUGAUGGAAGAAUGACUGGAUCCGAGGUGAUCAUUGUGUUUUAUGCAAUGCUGGUCGGGACAAUGGCGUUCAUGAAUCUCCCCCUCAAUUUGUCGGCUGUCAGUGCCGCCACAGCAGCUGCAAAACGUAUCUUUUCCACUAUCGAUCGUAUCCCGUCCAUUGACAUUGAUGACCCUGGAAAACGACAACACACGCUUGGUGGCCACAUUGAGUUUCGCAACAUUAGCUUCAGCUAUCCAACACGCCCUGACAUUCCCAUUCUUCGAUCGUUCUCUACCUCCGUUGCUCCAGGCACCACUGUUGCUCUAGUCGGCGCAUCGGGUUCAGGCAAAUCAACCAUUGCUCAACUGUUACAGCGAUUCUACGAUCCCAUUGAAGGCGAGAUUCUUGUGGAUGGUGUUUCACUCAAGGACUUGGGUGUUCAGUCGUUAAGGAAGCAGAUUGGUGUUGUCAGCCAAGAGCCUGUGCUAUUCAAUACGACCAUUCGCAAAAACCUACUUUUGGGAGCUAUCGACGACAAUGUCAGUGAUGAAGUAUUGGUGCGUGCAUGCAAGGCAGCCAACUGUCAUGAUUUCAUUACAGCACUUCCCAUGGGAUAUGACACGGAUGUCGGUCAGCAUGGAGGCAUGCUUUCAGGUGGACAAAAGCAGCGGGUUGCUAUCGCACGGGCCAUCCUCAAAGAUCCCGCCAUCUUGUUAUUGGAUGAGGCUACAUCAGCACUUGAUACACAAUCUGAACGACUUGUACAAAAGGCCCUCGACGCAGCAUCCAAGAAUAGGACGACUUUAGUCAUCGCGCAUAGACUGUCAACAAUCCGUAAUUCUGACAACAUCAUCGUUUUACACCAUGGAGACAUUGUUGAGCAAGGCACACAUGAACAACUACUUGCAAAGAAUGGUGCCUAUGCUGAACUUGUACGCAAACAAGAGAUCGCCACCAAAUCCAAACAAGAUGCUGCUGCUGAAGAAGAAGAAGAGGAUCAACAUGACGCUGCCACAGUGGUGACUAAGGAUGAUGGAUUCGAAGAGCGGCAUGAUCAUAUGGACAUCACUCUUCAAGAGGAGAAUGGAAAGGAUUUCAUCAUUACGCGCAAAAAGAGCAUUGCGUCUUCAAUCGAUGGUGGUACUCCUGAUCAAGACAAGCAACAACGUGAGCGUGAAGCCAAAUACAAGCAUGCCAAGACACCCUUCUUCAAAGUGUUUAUGCAAAUGCGUCCCGAAUGGUCAUUGAUUCUUGUUGGUCUCGUGGGAUGUAUCAUGACAGGUGCUCUAUUCCCGGCAUUGGCGCUCGUUCUUGGAAAAGUAUUUGCCGUGCUUGUUGAUCCAGAAACCCUUCAACAUCCUCCAGGGCCUAUGGAUGGUGCCAAUCUCUACGCAUUCCUCUUUGUCAUUUGUGCUAUUGGUGGUUUUAUUGGCUUUGUAUUGCAAAUUGGCGGGUUUGAAAUGGCGGGUGAACGAUACACGGAGAGAUUACGGGCCAAGUUAUUCGCUGCCUAUUUACGCCAAGAAGCCGGCUUUUUUGAUGAGGAGAAAAACAGUAUGGGUGCAUUGACAUCCAUGUUGGCGGCCGAUGCCAAGCACGUCAAUGAUAUGAUUACCAAGGUCUUGGGCGAAAUUGGCAAUGUAAUCUUUACUGCUAUUACUGGAUUUGUGAUUGCAUUCAUCCAUGGUUGGGCGCUCACUUUGGUGAUUGUGGCUACAAUGCCAUUCAUGGUGGCGGCUAGUGCCUAUGAGACUCAAAUUGAAUUGGACUAUGCGGGUGAUUCUCAAAAGGCGGGCAUCAAAGCAGGCGAGGUGGUUGCUGAAGCUGCCAAGACGAUCCGUACAGUUGCAGCCCUUACCAAGCAACACCAUUUUGAGCAACGUUACAGCAAAGCCAACGCCUAUCCACAAAAGCUUGCCUAUCGUAAAGCGUACUUGGGAUCAAUUGGUUAUGCAUUGAAUCAAGCCAUGGUUAUUUAUGUUUAUGCUAUUGCUUUCUAUGCUGGUGUACGAUUUAUGGAGAAAGGCAUGAUGACUAUCGAGCAAAUGAUGGUUGUCAUGCUAUCGGUCAUCUUCACUGCUAUGGGCAUUGGUCGUGGAAGCAUGUUUGUCUCAUUCAUUGUCAAGGCAAAGUAUGCAGCUCUCUCCGCUUUUGAGUUGUUGGAACGUAAACCGGCUAUUGAUGGUGACAUGGAAGGCAUUGAACCAAGCACUGUGAAUGGCGAUAUCGCUUUCGAGAAUGUGGCAUUUGCGUAUCCCCGUCGACCGGAUAUCCCGAUUUUCCAUGGCGACUUUAAUUUGCAUGCUUCAGCUGGCAAGACAAUUGCGCUUGUGGGUUAUUCCGGUUGUGGAAAAUCAACGGUGAUUGGUAUGCUGGAACGAUGGUACGACGCUUCAAGUGGUGCCGUAAAGCUUGAUGACACAAAUAUCCAGCGCUAUACGCUCUCCAAUUUGCGUAGACACAUGGCUUUGGUUGGUCAAGAACCGGUUCUCUUUGACUUAUCUAUUGGUGAAAACAUUCGAUUUGGUGUUCCAGAAGGUGAAAAGGUCACACAAGAACAAGUUGAAGAAGCAUGUAAGGCUGCCAACAUCCACAAGUUUAUCAUGGACUUGCCUGAGGGAUACAAUACACGUGUCGGGGAUCGAGGAUCGCAGCUGUCUGGCGGCCAAAAACAACGCAUUGCUAUUGCAAGAGCCCUUAUCCGCAAUCCACGACUGCUACUUCUUGACGAAGCAACAUCAGCCCUUGAUAGCGAGAGCGAGAAGCUUGUUCAAGCAGCCAUUGAUAAUGUAUUACAAGAAGGAGGUCGCACAACUUUCACGAUAGCUCAUCGCUUAAGUACAAUUCAGGAGGCAGAUUUGAUCUGCUACUUUGAAAAUGGCCGUGUCACCGAACAAGGAACACAUUGGGAGCUAUUGAAACUUGGAGGUGCAUACAAGGAGCUCGUCGAACAACAAAGCCUUCAAUGA